UUUUAAUGUGUCCCAUCACUACUUUGCGAUUGCUGCGCUUCGUUCGCAAUCGCAAGCUAAAUUAUUUUUAUUUGAUGUAUUGUAUGUAACAUCAAGUGUUUCUAAUGUAAUUUAGUAAGAAAAUGGAUAAUUUACUAAUAUCAAUGUACUACUCUUAACACCACGUUAAGUUGUGUCCAUCGCCCGCUUCGCGAUGGACAUCGCCGAGGAGGGCGUCCUCGAUGUGGACAUGCUGGGGGACGACGGCUCUGAGGACGAAGGAGAAGCCCCGCCGUCUUCAGAGUUCUACCCAGGUCCCACGUCGACGCCGACGUCGUGCGCGUCGUCGCCGCGCGGGGAGGAGCCGGCGUCGCCGCACGCCGCGCUCGGACAGCCCUCGUUCUUCCACCACCAGCCCUACACUCGGCCUUUCUUUACAUCGGCGCGUAGAGGGCCCGGUCGACCAAGGAAAGAAGGUGUCAAAUUGGCGAAGGAAGGCAAGAUUGUCAGAAGGUAUAGAAACCCAGGGUCAGUGAGAGGGGCCAAAAAACAUAGAAUCAGUAGGGAUGAUGCUCUUGAGGACAUAAUGGAUGAAGAUGACCUAUCCAUGCCGGCUCCUGAAGAGCCACCAUACUUUCCAGAAAAAUGGCCAGGAAAGCUGUGUGCUCUGUGCAAUCUGGGGGAGAGAAGCCAACUGGGGCAAGGAGAGAUGCGGCAGUUUGGGUGCAACAUCGGGGAGCUCGACGGCAGCUCCACGCCGUCAGCCUCUGGUGGCACCACACCAACCAAUGCCACUCCCACCAGUGCUCCAAGCACACCCCUGUUACCAGGACUAGUGUCACCGCCACCUGAACUUGUGGACCCUAAUCAGAACCCUCUGGCUAUGCCUUUGAGCAGGAGGCAAAAAGGAUUCAAUAAGUGCAAGACACCACUGUACAAUAUGGAGCACACGGAUGAGUUGUCCAUCAUCGGUCACGUGGACAUUGUGGAGAUGAUUGCAGUAGUCUCCAACAGGACCUUCUAUGUGCAUCGGUUCUGUUUGGAGUUCAGUCCGCCCUUUCAAGACCAAGUAGCGGCAAUCUCCAACUCGGAGGAAGAGAGAGAACAGUUGGAAGAAGCUCGGGUCAAGGGGGUGGUUACAAACGCUUUACAGAAAAAAUGUGCCUUCUGUCUACGUCAUGGUGCUAGUAUACCUUGUAAGAUGAGUUGCAGCAAAUACUUCCAUCUGCCUUGUGUUCUCGCGUCCGGGGGUUUUAUGGACUUCCAGACCAAGUCUUCUUUCUGUAAAGACCAUCUGUACCAAGUGCCGCUUAUAUGCGCAGCGGACAUAGACUGCCGCAUGUGCCGCGUGGUGGGCGACAUCGCCAACCUAAUGACGUGCGUGGCGUGCGGCGCGCACUACCACGGCACGUGCGUGGGCCUCGCGCAGCUGCCCGGCGUCCGCUCCGGCUGGUCAUGCCGAGCCUGCCGAGUGUGCCAGGUGUGCCGCCUCGACGCGGCGCCGGCGGACGCGCGCCCCGUGACCUGCGAGCACUGCGACAAGCUGUACCACGCGUCGUGUCUGCGCCCCGCCAUGGCCACCGUGCCCAAGUACGGCUGGAAGUGCAAGUGUUGCCGCAUCUGCUCGGACUGCGGCGCGCGCUCGCCCGGCGCCGGCCCGUCCUCCCGCUGGCACGCGCACUACACCGUCUGCGACAGCUGCUACCAGCAGCGCAACAAGGGCAGCUGCUGCCCGCUGUGCCGCCGCGCCUACCGCGCCGCCGCCAUGCGCGACAUGAUCCGCUGCCACCGCUGCAAGAGAUACGUGCACGGCAUGUGUGACAUCGACGCGGACCCUCAACAAUACCGACUGAAGAAGGAGCAGAAUCCCUCGUAUGAGUACAACUGUCCCAUCUGCAAGACGCAGGCGGCGCUCAGCGGCGGCUCUAAGGGCUCGUUUGAAGAGCCUGACAGUUUAGCGACCACGUCGCAAGAUUCGUCGUUUGGCGACGAGAAUUCACAGGAACAGGACCCACUCGCCAUUGAACCUAAGCCCGACAUCGGCCUAGGUAAAGGAAAACCCUACACAGUGUCAUCAAAAGUGGCCAAAAAGAAAAUGGGUAGUUACAAACUAAAAGGCGGCUUUCCUCCUGCCGGAAAGCUGGGCUUCCAGAAGCGACAGAGAUCUAGCUGUCUAGACUUUGGACGGAAGAGGGGGAGUAAGCCUAAGAUGCGGGGGGUUUUCGGAGUCCCGGGAUUGGGCUUGCAGAGACCUCAGGCUCCGGAUAAUAAGACUGCUGAGGAUGACCCAGGUGUAGAAAACAAGCUGGUGUUAUGUUCGAGUAAAGACAAGUUCGUGCUGACUCAAGACCUGUGCGUGAUGUGUGGCGCCGUGGGCACCGACUCUGAAGGGUGCCUCAUAGCCUGCUCGCAGUGCGGCCAGAGUUACCACCCUUACUGCGUUAAUAUUAAGGUGUCCCAAGUGAUAGUGACCCUCGGCUGGCGCUGCCUAGACUGCACAGUCUGCGAGGGCUGCGGCAGUCGCGGCGACGAUGCUCUCCUAGUACUCUGCGAUGACUGUGACACAGCCUGGCACACUUACUGUGCCAAGCCGCAGUUGGCUGAGGUCCCUAGGGGGAGCUGGCGAUGCGAGCGGUGUCGGAAGUGUCUGGUGUGCGGCACUAAGGACACGGCGGUUUGGUGCGAUAAUUAUACAGAAUGCGGCCCCUGCGCGUCCUUCGUGGUCUGCUGCGUGUGCUCCGAGCCCUACAGCGACGGCGAGCUGAUCGUGCAGUGCGGCAAGUGCAACCGCUGGCUGCACGGCGCGUGCGACGCGAUGCGGCUCGAGGCGGAGGCCGAGGCCAACUGUGCGCAGGGAUACAACUGCAUCCUCUGCCGCGGCCGCGACGUGCCCCCACCUCAUCUGGCCAAGGCGAUCGAGGCGCCGCCCGCCCCCGCGCCCCUCCGACCUCCCCCGCCCACCCCCCAAUCCCUAGGCCUCGGGGGGGAAUACUACAUCGACGACGUGUGUCUCUCCCAGCGAGGCGCUCAACACAUGAAGCAGAUGGAAGCGGAGAUGGGAAUCACCCACACGAGAAGGAAACGCAGGUUCAAGAAUGAAACUACGGAGAAGGAUGCAGUGGUUCAGAACAAUGACGGGGACGCGGACGGCGAGGCUAAGCCGGACAGCACCGCCGAAGUUAAAGACGAGCCAGGAACAAUAGGCAAUGCGAAUUUCAAGGAAGGUAUAUUAUGGAAUGUCGCAUCGGACGGACCGCCGCCUGAAGGGUUCACGAUAUACACCAUGGAUUCAGGCAUCACCGUGUUGAGGAGAAAGAGACAGAGAAACCUAAACAAGCUCGGUAUAGGCGGCUUUGUUGUGCGACAGAGACAGAACGCUAAAUCGCACCCUGAUGAUGAUGAUACCACGUUGGGGCCUGGUGAGUCCCCCGGCAACAAGCGCAAGCCGCGCCGCAAGCCGCGCUCCAAGCUCAUGGAGCAGUUCCCGUCCUACAUGCAGGAGGCGUUCUUCGGCAAAGACCUGCUGGAGCCCGCCAAGCCCACCGUCACUUCUACUGGGAACCCGCUAGAGAGUCCAACCGGUACCAUCCGGCCGCUCACUCCCGAAGGCUACCGAGAGCUGCGAGACUUCAAGAUAGAGUUGGACAACAGCGACAGUGACGGCGAAGACGUUAUAGCUGCGUUGACCAACGUGCCUGAUUAUGACAACUCUGUGGUCAUUAAUCUGAAUACUGAAGAAGUAGACCUCCUACACUCACUGAAGCCUAAAGAGGAGAAGGAAGAAGGGCCCAGCACGAACGCGGAUGGCACAGCGCGAAUCAAGACAGAAUGUACUGAAGAGGGCCAACUGAAGCAUACGGAGGAUUCUACUGCUCUGAAGAAUGCCAUACUGGGCCCCCAGGCGAAUGAGCCGGUGGUCAAGACGCCAGUCAACACGGAUAGUAUACCCACUGUGCAUAGUACGAAGACUGAGCCGAUUAGUAAUGAAACUGGCAACUCAUCCCAAGCAUCCACCAUAUCGCCCAAAGACGACUUGUCGCUACUGGGAGUGAGCCUGGACGCCAUGGUACGGGAUUCCUUACCCGACAUGGACAGUACCGAUGUCGACGAGAUAUUCAAGGGUGUACUCACUGACGAUUCACAGGAGUCGCAAGAGUCGUCAGUGUCGUACGUGAACUCGAUGGGGGGCACGCCCUACUCGCAGCAGCGGCAGCAGCUGCAGAGCCCGCUGGACUACGCCUCGCCCUACCACCCGGAGUUCGGGAGCAGCAGCAACUCUCAGCUGAGCCCGGCGUUCUCCGAGGGCGGCGGCGGGUCGUGGCCCGGCGGGGACGCGCCCGCGCCCGCGCCGCCGCCCUCCUACAACCAGCGCUCCGCCGACAAGAUGAAGGCCGACGAGAGUUUAGGCUCGGCAGCCACAAUAUCGGCCGUGCUGUACGCGAACACAAACCACCCAGAAUGGAAGACCGAAUUCCCCAACUGGGUCGACCGAUGCAAGCAAAUACUCAAGAAGUGGCGCGCCCUGCCUGCGGAGCAAAAAGCACCUUAUUUACAGCAGGCUAGGGACAACCGCAGCGCGAUAAGAAUGCGGAAAGCCCAACAGGAACAAGAGCGGGCGUGCGGGCAGCAACGCAGCGCGCGCGAGGCCGAACAGGAGCGGCAGUGGAAGCAGCUGCAGCAGAUGCGGCAGCAGCAGACGCAGCAGCAGCACCAGAUUAUACAUGACCAGAGGAUACAAGCGUUGGUGUCGCCCCCAGCGCUGCAGCGCUUGCGCGCGCCGGACGGCAGCGAAGUCACUCCCGUCCCUACACCAGAUGCGGCGCCGCGAAGCGCUUUCCCUGCGCAGCGCUUUCCGCUGCAUUACGGGGCCAAUGAGGACAUCAGGCAGCUGAGGGAUUUGCUGCAGAGGCACCCGGAUAAGAUGUGGCCGCCACGUGCGUCAGAAGACGGGCAAGUGCCUAGCGGCAUGGAGGGGCAGCAGUUCCGACACCCGCUGCCGGUGGGCGUCGGCGCGCGCCCUAGACUGCCGCUGCAGACUGGGCCACAGGGGCAGCAGAUUUUAAUGCAACACCGCCUAGUGUCGCCAGAGAACAGUCAGAUGCAACAGAAUAUUCAGAUGCAGCAACAACAACAACAACAACAGCAGCAACAACAACAACACAUGCAGGAACAAAAACCAAACAUUAUUGGACAACAACACCAACAACAAAAUGCUCAAACGGAGCCUAAACAAGAAGGUGGCAAUCAAGACCAAGGUCAUGAUGAAAUGGACAUGGGAGACAUGGACAAACUGGAACAAGACACCGGAAACAUCGGCGAGGUGGGAGACAUCCUAACCGGCCUCGGCGGCGAAGACGACGAAGAACUCCUAGAGUCGCUCACAGCAGAAAUCGGCGAAGAAUUCAACAUCCUCGAGUACGCGGACCCCGAGCUGGCGUCUCUGAACGACGCCGAGCACAUACUGGACGGGCUGGAGCUGGCUGAGGACGGCAUGGCGGAUAGACACGCUAAGCGGGAGCCACCACACGCUAAGAGGGAGCCACCAGAGGACUCAGACCAGAAGCAAGACAACAAGCUCAACAGCGAGCUACAAAAGGCAGUCAAGAACAUAGAGAACAAGACAGAGAUGGACUCGGAGCUGACAGUGAAGAGCGAGGGAGACAAGGAGCCGGGGCCGGGACAGAUGUUCCGAGAACCCGUGCAGAGGCUGAUUGCGCACUCGCAGAUUAUGCAGCAACAAAUGCAAGCCGUCAAAUCGGAAGUGAAGCUCGAGGGCGAGGAUCAAAAACCCGAGGGCGAGUGGCGCGCGGCGCCGGCGCAGCGCACCGUGUUCGGACAGAUGUUCGCCAACCAGCCGCCGCGCAUGCUGCACCAGCAGAUCAACUUGCAGGGAGUGCCUCAACGACCGACCCAGUUCAGCCAGGGACCACAAGUGUUGUCACAACAAGUUGUACAAAGACCACAAGUCCAGUUCACGGGAGGACAGCAACAUGCUAUGCACUUUGCUCAGGGAGCCAACGUGCAGAACCAACCCGGCGUCCAAACCACAGUGAACACCCAGAGCAUAGUCAACGCUAUGACGGCACAAGUGAAGGCGGCGUUCGCGGCGGGACGCAGCAUCGCGCCCGGCACGCGCCUCGUGGGCGCCGACGGGGCCGUGGGCGUCGUGCGCCACGACCGCUCCGUGGCGCUGGCCACCCUGCCGCACAUAGCGACAGUAAACGUGGGCGUGUCUCGGCCGCCGCCGCCGCCCCCGUACCCCGGCACGCUGCGACAGCCGCAGCCGCCGCCGCCCCCGUACCCGCAGCAGGUGCCCUUUGAAGCGGAGUGGCACGAGUGGGCUCGCCGGCCGCUGCUGAUGCAGAACGUAAACCAGGAGCAACCGUUGCUUCUGGAGGAACUGCUGGAGCAGGAGAAGCGGGAACAAGAGCGGGACGGGGGCGUGGCCGAGUGGAGCGUGGCGCCGGCCGCCGCGCCGCCCGCCGUGCCGCUGUACGGGGGGGUGCCGCCGCCCGCGCCCCCCCCGCCCGACCGCGCCGACCCCGACCCCCGCCCCCGACACCUCUACGAGGCCUGGCUCAAGCAGAACAGCGCCUUCACCACCGACCAACUCCGCUACUACGAGGCCGAAGUCCAAAAACUCCGCAAGAUACGCAAGUCGCUGAACAGCAAGCAGCGGCAGUUGCGCAAGUCGGGCAACGAGUUGUCUGCGGUUGACGCGACCGAGCUGCGCCGCGUCGCCACGGAGCAACAAGCCCUGCAGAAGCAUCUGGAGAGCGCCAGGAAGCAGGCCAGGCAGCAUAGCAUGCUUAUGCAGGAAUACGAGACAAAGCAGCGGCAAAGCAAUCCUCAACUGGCCCAGCAGACUGUCAUCAACCAACAGCAAAUACAAACCAACCAACAGGGCCAGAUAUUUGCACAGAACCAAUCCAUGAGCCAGCAGCAACAAAUGCAACAGCAAACCAUCAACCGACCCAUGCAAAUCGGCUUGCAGAAUACGACCUUACAGCAGCAACAAACCCUUAUUAGAACUCAGCAAGUUCUGAAUUCUGAUGGUCAAUUACAGCAGCAGAGAAUUGGUUUGGUGACGUCACCGCUAAACGCGCAAGGGAGGAUAUUACAAGGGAACCGCACACUAGUGAUCGAGCAAGCCGGUUCACCUCAACAGCAGUUAGUCAGACAGCUGUCCGGGGUCAGCCAAGAGAGGCCUCAGUCUGUGGGUGGUAUGGUGCAGUUCGGGCAGCAGAUGGGUGGAGUUAGGAACUCGAUGCCGCAGGGUAACAGCCGGCCACCGAGCGCGCGGCCUGCCAUGUCGCCUCUACACGUGCAGUCGCCUCACUCGCAGUCUCCACUGCACUCUCUAGCGCCGCAGUCUCCCCUCCACCCGAUGCCGUCGCCGAUGCAGUCGCCGCUACACUCGCAGCAAUCUCCGUUACACCAUACGUCGCAGUCUCCUCUUCAUCCUUCAACGCAGUCUCCGCUGCAUACCCAGCAGUCGCCCCUACACUCGCAACAGUCGCCGCUACAUGUGCAACAGACGAGCAUGCCGCAGCAAUCCCCGAUGCAUCAACAGUCCCCGAUGCAUCAACAAUCACCGAUGCAUCAGCAGUCACCGAUGCAUCAGCAGUCGCCGAUGCAUCAACAGUCGCCAAUGCAUCAGCAGUCGCCAAUGCACCAUCAACAGCAACAGUCUCAAAUGCAAUCUCAAAUGCAGCAGCAGCAAUCUCAGAUGCAGCAGCAACAAUCUCAAAUGCAGCAGCAGCAGCAAUCUCAGAUGCAACAACAACAACAGCAGCAAUCUCAGAUGCAACAACAACAACAAUCUCAAAUGCAACAGCAACAACAGUCUCCUAUGCAUCCGCAGCAGUCACCGAUGCACUCUCAACAGUCGCCCAUGCAUUCUCAACAGUCGCCAAUGCACAUGCAACAGUCGCCAAUGCAUACGCAACAGUCGCCGAUGCAAAAUGCGAUGUCGCCGCAACACUUCUUGCAACAGUUGCAGGCUCAGAGGACAAGCCCUCAGCUUCCGACGCCCAGUAGAAGCCCUCAGAUAUACCAACAGUCACAAAUACAAAGCCCAGUGUCGUCACAUUCGCCUCAACUUCAGAGCGAGUAUAACAACGCCCGGUUCCCGCGGCCGCCGCCCGGCUGCUCGCCGCUGCCGUCGCGCUUCGCACGCCCGCCGCACCAUCAGCAAGCUUUACAAGGAAUGCGAGUGGGCGUGCCGUUCGGCGGGCGGCAGACGUCGCCGCUGGGCAGCCCGCAGCCCAUGCCCUCGCCGGGGAACCCCGCCAACGAAAUGGCUCGCCAACAGAUGCUCCAACGUCAGCAAUACAGCCCGAUGGGUGGCGCUCCCUCCUCCCCCUCCGUCUCCCGCUCGCCGCACGUCCCGCGCACGCCCACCCCCUCCGCGUCCCCCGCCGCCUCCCCCGCGCCCGAGCACGGCGGCGGGCACCCCCACGCCGCGCCCUUCCCCCCCGGAUACAGAUACACCAAGCCGGGGCUGAUGGGCGGCGCGCCCGUCUGGCCCAAACCGGAUGAUCAACGGAGGCAUAUUAGUAAAGUGUCGAUAUUGAAACGAACGGCACCGAGGCAAAGGUACCCUGGGAAAACACCACCUAACAUGCCCACGGAUGAGGAAAGCAGCUCCAGUGAGACUAGAGAGUUUGUGCUGUACGAAGGUGUUGACUAUCCUAGUACAGAGGAAGGGUUGAGCUUCAAUAGGGACGAUGACGAUGAUAUUGAGGAAAUUGUUGAAGAGCAUCUCGAUGAUGCAGAUAUAGUGGUGGUGGAGCCGGGCGCGAUAUCGCCGCAGGAAAGGAUAGCCACGGAAGAAGAUUUCGAAGAGCUAAUAGAUAGUGGCAAGCCGGAAGAUGAGGUGGAGGAAGAGACGGCACCGCCGGAGAAAGCCACUCGCACUGAAACCACCACCAAAACCGUAGCCGUCAUCAGUCUCUCCACAGCUAAACAAUCACCCAACGUACAACAGUACAAACUGGUUAAUCCGACACAGACGUCAACUCUGUCAAGAUUACCGAUGUUAAGUUCGGUCUUAUCGCCGCAUUCAAACACAAAGAUCCUCAACGAAGUGUCACAAGCGACUGUCGCCUCCGUGUCCAUCGCCAAUCAGACAAUUUCCGUGCCGGUGUUGAAGAACUUGGCCGUCCAAAGACCAGGCAUGGCUGGGCAUAGCGGCGUCAAUAAAUCGCAUAUUAAGAAGAUGCCCCUGAAUAUUACUAACUCUCCGAUAAGCAUCAACAUGUCCAGUACAGCGAUGUCUAAGCCAAUGAGUUCAGUAAUUAGUGUGAUUUCAUCGAAUGUCGCUAAGACCGCUAAUGCUAACCCCGUCAUCACGCUCGCUACGUCAAACACUGCGGGGUCAUCCAGGGUGCCAGUGUCCAUCCUUACACAACAUCAGGUGAAGCAGAAGAUUGUGAAAACUAUCGAGAAACCUAUGGGGCUGUCUCUGUCUAACACCAAGUUGUCCAGUCUGUCUGUCUCUCAUGACGUGACGCUGCCGGCCAAGAUAUUUCAAGAUGACGCUGCGUCGCCAGACAGCACCGUUAUCCCAGAACAACAAGAAAGAGAAUCUCACAACAUACAAACUUCGUGUAGUCAAGAUAUGACCCUGACCACACCCAAGGAACAAAGAAAGGAUGUUCUAGACAUAGAGUCCGCCAUUAGCAAACAGACUGAACUGCCGCCGGCUCUGUGCCUCCCUGACAGGACUCCUCUUCUUUUAGGCAAAUCAGACAUCAAAAGUCCCGAUCCUAUACCAGAGACCAUACCUGACAAUAUCAUGGAAGGAGAUGACGAAGACAAGCCAGAGGAUAAUAUGCACAGCAAUUUACUGCUAUCGUUCAAUAAACCAAUCAGUACCGACCCUAUACCUCCUGUAAAUCCGCCCACCAGUCAGCCGACUCCUGCUCCGAAAGAGGAGGAAAAUGACGUCAAGACUAUAAAAGCCAUCGCAAACCAGACCAAAGAAAUGGUUAUUGGAUCGCACAUGCAUAUAACUACAGACAUGGCGCAAGAUUCCGUUCAGAUAUCGAUACCGUCACCAACUCCAUCCCAAGAAAGAUAUCUCAAUGACAUGGCGCAGAGAAACGUGGCCGAAGGUCCGAAGCAUGACGAAAGCUUCGAGGAUAUGCUUUGUUUGCUAGAGAACAUAACAGAUGAUACGAAAACAUACGGAAUGAAACAACAAUUACCUAAACCGGCGCCGACUCAGGCUAUACAGCAAAAUAUUCAGCGGCCUAACAUCAAUCCGCCGCCCAAGCCUGAGGUUCUGGGCAAAGAAGCCCCUCAAGACCAUCCACAACCAAAGCCAACACCACCUGAAAGACUGAAUUUGCCAUCAGCGUCGAUUCCACAACUGUCGCCUUUGUCUCAGCCAGCAGAACUGACCUCAAACAUGGCGAACGUGUCCCAACAACUCCGCACCAUCAUGUCGUCACUCAACACGUCCACCGCGGGCAAAAUUGAACAACAAGCCAUCGCAGCCGCUCUGAGGAAACCUGACCCGUCCACGCCUACACAAGUCAACUUCGAGAGCUUGCUUCCGUCCUCUAAAGUAGAAAUAGCAGCCUCAAGACCGUCACCGAUACAAAGAAUGGAAAAGCCUAUAACUCCACUUUCUACUACUGAAAAUGUUCAUAUGAACGCCGCUCAAGUUAUUGGCUCCCGAGUGAAUACUCUAUCAUCCAUGGCUCAGACAAGAAAAUCACCCUCUCCUAUAAAUUCGCCAGUUGGCUUCCAAUCGCCGUUGAUCAAAUCACCAGUACAGCAGUCUGGUUUGGUAUCAAAUCAAGGUUUCAAUGAUGAUUCAUCAAAUCCGUCGUCAAUGGCAUCACAAAUUAUUCAGAUGCCAGCACUAUCCAAGAUACAUCAGGCCAAUCAAAGCGGAACUACCACCAUGAUUCACCCUAACAAUACCAUAACGACCAGCGCCUAUCAGAAACCACAAACUACUAGUAUUCUUGGUCACACAUUACUGCAACCGUCUCGACAAAUAAACACCAGCAACAUGUCAUACAACGCACAGAGUAUCAGUUCUAGUCAACCUCCAGCUUUAGUCAUGACAUCUAGACCGGUGAUCAGUAGCAAGGAACCUCCGCCAAACGUCACAGUCAGAAAUCAUAACAUCAUGAGUCCCGGUAUGAACCCAGUGUCAUGCGCCAAACCCACUGGACCUAUUAACUUUAUAACAUCAUCAAAGCUAUUACACACACAGUUGACUUCUCCACUGAAAAGAUCGAAAUCAACGGACGAACCUAAAAGUGACGUCGUCGUGGGUCACAUUCAGCCGACCAAGAGACAUAGCGUCGAGUCUGUCAUUGUGAAGUCUGAACCGAUGGAGACCGAUGACCCUAAUACCUCCGGCAACACAGACGGCAGUGGCAACAGACUGGCGCAGUCGCCUGUCGGGCAGCGGCACGACGAGUCGCAGAAUGUGUUACUGAAGCAAUUAUUGCAGACUUGUACUACGGCGUCGGCGACCGUCCCCGCGCGGACCAUGCCCAUACAACGUACCGCACCCGCCCUCGGGACCAUUCCUUCCCUGGAGGCGCAGCUAGCACGGCCCUCUAUUCCACCGCCCACCAUGACGCUGCAACAGGAAGUCGAGCUGCCCAAGAACUCGCCACGCCUCGUGUCCACACAGAGCAGCAUCUCGCAGUACAACCCGCGCCCCAUACCCUCGUCUAUGACGGUGGUGCCGGCGGCCAUGUCGCCCGUCAUGCAGACGUCCACGCAGUCGCUGAUGGACGUGCGCAAGCCACCGCCGGUCAAGCUGGUGCAGGAGACCGUGCCGCCGCCCGACAUGUCCCCGCGCCCGCAGCCCGCGCCCGCCGACCUCCACGCCCUACACGUGCAUCACGCCGUCAAGAAGGAGGUCACCCCGCCGCAACAGAGCCCCGUGCAUCGACCAUUCACGCCCAUGGACGUCAAGAAAGAAUUACUAGACGAGAGCUCGCAGCAAUCUGCUACUUCUGGAGUAUCCACCGCGUCUGAUCAAGGGAAACUAGACCAACCAAUCAAAGAGGAGUAUCCCGAAAGUGUCACCGGCAUGGAUGUCUCGUCAGACAUAAACGCGCCCGAAACACCGUCCGAAGCGAAGAAACGCAAGCGCCGCGAGUAUCAGCAGAAGAAACGCAAAAUGCUAAUGAAUAUGAAAGCGGCCGCAGAGAAUAAUAUCACGGCCACCGCUAAGAAACGGCCCCGCAAAGGGUCUAGGUUUGAGGAGGAUUACGAUACGUUCAUAGAUAACCUGAUGGCGCAGCUGAGGCUGCUGCCGCCCAUGCAGAUUCAGGAGCCGGCACUGACCACCAACUUUGCCGUCUGUCCAUUAUUCGGGUCCGGAGACUUGACCAAGCUAAAGAACAAAGACUAUGACAUACGCAAAGGCGACCUGACCGGUGAAUUCGGUAAUGCAAAAAUACCGAACGUCGGCGAUUACUACAACACGAAACCGUUCGGUGAAGAUGAGCCGCUGCCGGAGAAACCGCAAGCAUCGACUCAACGAGGGUUCUACGACCAAGAGUUCCAACCGAUCACCUUCGAGGAAGACCCGGAGGAGAAGAAACUGGACUUCAUCUGCAAGGAGAGAGACACAGACACCCCCGACACGAUCGUCAGUUGUUCGAGCCCCGAGUGUCUGGAUAUCGAUCCGCCCAACAGGUUCCCGGGGCUGAAGCUGAUCGACGACGAAGAGGAUGAUGAAGACAGUGACUCGGCGGUGUCGGGCCGCGUGUCGCCCGUCAUACCCAUCGUCACGCCCAUCCCGAUCCGGCUCCAACCCGUCACGCUAUACAACGAAGACGGCGAAGAACAAAAGGCUCUCGUCAAACUGGAGUCAGAGUCACCAGCCAAGACCGUCGACUCCCCUGGAAGCACGGAAAGCAAUGAAAACGUAACAGUCACACUCACAUUGACCUCUGGAGCAGCUGAAGACAUUUUGGGAGUACUAAAGGAAUUAGCCGGUAUACUACACAUUCCGCCUCCCACUUCCUAUCAGAUAAUCGAGAGGACAGCCACGCCGCCGUCACAUAAACUGGGUCUGUACAGAUCGAAGGGUAAAGAUGGGAAAGAAGGAACACCCAUUGAUAUUCAAAGUAUCCUCAAUGGUGCUGCGAAAUUCUGCCGCCACUGUGAUGUGGUAAUACUAGACUCGGUAGUAAGGGCUAAAGCUACAGAAUUUCCGCUUCUGUCUGCAAAUAAAGAAGGAAUACUUUGUGAUAGUGACUCCGAACUUUACUUCUGUAGCACACAAUGCUAUGAACGAUUCUCCUGGCGCCCAACCAACAUCAUAUUAGAUAGCAAAUCGAAAGCUACAGUCAAAGAAGCCAAGGCAGAAGUCGAAACCAACAUAUCUAAGGACCGCGAUGACUUCGACACCGCCUCAACUGAAAGCAUGGAAACAGACGACUUGGACAUCAAACCAGACAUCAAAGACGAAAAGAUGGAUCUGUCAUUCAUAGACUCGUUAGACAACGACGAACUAAUGAAGGAAGUGGGUGAUGACGUCAGCGCUCUCGACGAAGACCUGAAAAGCGAAAGCGAUGAGAAAUCUAACGAACCAGUGGUAAAGGAGAAGUAUCGCGGUAUUAGAUACAAGCUAUGGUCGCCCGGUUGCAUCGGGCCGCCCGUCAAAUACAAGCGUCCGACCGACAGAGAGCUAACAGAACUAGUGUUUAGAACCGGAGUGGCCAUCAUGCCGGUCACUACGGAAGAUUCUAGACGCUGCGAGUUGUGCGGCAUACAGGGCGAUGGGGUGGCAGACGGGGUUUCUCGACUGUUGAACUGUGACGUCGACCGCUGGGUGCAUUUAAACUGUGCUUUGUGGUCUGAAGGGGUAUACGAGACUGUAAGCGGGGCCCUGAUGAAUGUGGAGACGGCUAUGGCAGCGGGGUCUACUGCUACUUGCGCCGUGUGUAGGAGGCUCGGGGCCACUGUGAGGUGCUUCAAGGUGCGGUGUGGCAGCGUCUACCAUCUUGGAUGCGCUGUUAAGGAUAACUGCGUCUUUUACAAGAACAAGACUGCGUAUUGUGCUUCGCACGCACCUAAGGGCGAGAAGGACAAUGAGCUAACAACCCUGAGCGUACAACGGCGAGUCUUCAUAUCCCGCGACGAACAACGACAGGUGGCGUCAGUGAUGCUGCACUCGGACUGCAACCACCUAAUCCGCGUGGGCGGGCUCAUCUUCCUGAGCCCCGGCCACCUGCUGCCGCACCAGCUGCCCGCGCACCACACGCCGCAUUACAUCUACCCGCCCGGAUACAAGAUUGUGCGCUUCUACUGGUCGAUGUCUAAAGCCAACAGCCGCUGCCGCUACCUGUGCUGGAUCUCGCACGACGACGGGCGCCCGCGCUUCCACGUGCGCGCGCAGGACGAGCCCGGCGCCGACAUGAGCGCGCCCACCGCCCGCGCCGCCUGGGCCAAGGUGCUAGACGCAGUGGCAGCGUUGCGAGAUAGUCGAAAAGAAGAUGGUGUUCUCAAGCUGUGGCCCAACUACGUGACCGGAGAGGACCUGUUCGGACUCACCGAGCCGGCUGUCGUCAGGGUGCUCGAGAGUCUGCCAGGAAUAGAGACUCUGACGGACUACCGGUUCAAGUUCGGGCGCUCGGCGCUGCUGGAGGGCGGGCUCGCCAUCAACCCGUCCGGCUGCGCGCGCUGCGAGCCGCGACACAGGAGCACCUGGCGCCGGCCGCCGCGCUCGCUGCUGCCCUCCACGCCGGCCGGGCCCCCCGGCGCCGAGCACCCCGCCUGCCCCUACAUCAAGCAGUUCGUGCACACCAAGAGCAGCCAGUACAAGAAGAUGAAGAGCGAGUGGCGGAACAACGUGUAUCUGGCACGGUCAAAGAUCCAGGGCCUCGGUCUGUUCGCGGCACGGGACCUGGAGAAGCACACGAUGGUCAUCGAGUACAUCGGCGAGAUCAUCCGCUCCGAGCUCGCAGAGAUCAGAGAGAAGAUGUACGAGUCACGGAACCGCGGCAUCUACAUGUUCCGCCUAGACGAGCGGCGCGUGGUGGACGCGACCAUCUGCGGCGGCCUCGCGCGCUACAUCAACCACUCGUGCCAGCCGAACUGCGUCACGGAGCUCGUGGAGGUGGACCGCAGCCUGCGCAUCAUCAUCUUCGCUAAACGACGGAUAGCGAGGGGCGAGGAGCUGUCCUACGACUACAAGUUCGACAUAGAAGACGACGCGCACAAGAUUAUGUGCAUGUGCGGCGCGCCCAACUGCCGCAAGUGGAUGAACUGAACAAACUACACAAUAACUAAUCAAUAUACUUAUUAUGUACGAGGUCUGCUGUGAGGAGAAGGCUAUGAACUUAGUUUUAUGAACCAAAGUAUUUUUGCAGUCGAUAAAAUACAAGUAGACGAAUAUGAAUACGAUUGUAAGGUAGGAAAGGUAAUUUUCAACUAAGUGAUUUGAUGCGAAGACAAUAUCGAAUAUCUUCAUUUGUUAUACAUACUUUUAUAACCAGUUCAGUAAGUUGAUCACAAAAUUGUAAAAAGUAAAUCGUUGUUAUUAUUGGGGUGAGUUUCAGCCUGACUACUUUGUUUGGAUGAAAUGGGUGUAUGUGUGUGUUCGGUGUGAGCGAGAGCGAGUGAGUGUGAGUAGCGCGGAGCAUCCCAAGUGCCAUCAUCGUCCGACACCUCCCCUAGUCAGGUCUGUCGCCCUAGUACCUAGUAGAGAAGUACGUUGUAGAUCUAGCAUAGCUUAUAAUUUUUUAUCUAUUUUAUAUCUUUGGAUGUUUUACGUCACCGCUGUUUUUCUAUCAGACAUUUUAUUAAUUUAAAUUAUGUAUUAAUGUUUCAUUGAUAUGGGAUUCUAUUAGUCUCAGCGAUUGUUAUUCAAUUCACAUUAUUUUUAUAAAUGAAUAAUUAAAUCAUAAAAGAUUGACAUUCUCUAAAUCGGAUGUUAGAAGAGUAGUUUAGCGAAAUUAGGUUAAGUUACCAAAACGUUGUUUUGCAUUUAGUAAGUAUACACUAUUGUAGCACGAGUGUUAUUUUCGUAAGUUUGUACGUGAACCACGACGUGCCUGAACACUGAACAUGUCUUAACUGUAUAAUAAUAACACCGUCGAGUAGAGUCACAGGUUAGCUUGGAGGCGUGCACUUGUGUAAACAGCAUGUUGAACUGGAAACUUAUUACGGCUUCAAAUAACUUACCAGCUUCUGUAAGUUGUUUACACCUGUGCCAUGCCUCUUUCAUCAUGUAGUUAGUUUAAUUUAUAUUUAAUCGUAACAGUGAUAGUCCCAAUGUGAUAUUACCUCACAUUUCGUCACCUCAAGUGAAGUUAACUUUGGGUGGAAUUCUCUGGAUCGGAUGAGAAUAGUAAUUUAUGGUGAUUUAUUUUAAAUCAAACUGUAUCUCAUUAAAUAUCUAAACAGACAGCUUUGUUUAGGUUUAUACAUUUUGAUUUAAAAUAUUGUUAAAGGAAGGUUAGAAGCCCGAGCGAUCUAGAAAAUAUAAUAAUAAUUAAAGUUAUCGUCAGUGACUCCAUUUACAUAAUACAGAUCUACCAUCAACCAAUGUUAUUUAAUCAUGCAAUUUAAUUAUAAGUGUUGAAUGUGCAAUAUUCAUACCGUAUGUAAAUAGUUACUGCGUUUGAGCAAAAUUACCUAACUUUUAUCGGGUAGGAUUAUUUCUAGUUUGAAUAUUUAGUUAUAAAGUUUUCAUCUUAAAUCCAUUUAUUUAAAGCAUUCCCAUUUCAUUUGCACCAGAAUAUAUUUGACGACACAAAUUUUAUUAGCACUGUCUUUAUAAGACAAAAAUAUUUUGACACAGUUUAUAAAAAUAAUUACUUUUAGAAAUAUGUAUACUAUUAUACAUUAGUAUUUUAUAUUGCAUUAUUUUCCUAUCAUUAAAAUUGAUUAGUAUAAAAUGAUACUUUUAUUUCUGACCUUACUCAAUUUAUAUAUUAGAAAGAAAAAAAUGGUACUCAAAUAAAACAGCUCAGUUAUUUCAUAUAAACUUUUAUUACAAACUGUUUUGGACUUAAAACUGCAAAUAAUAUACCGAAGAACCUGUGUUACACAGCUGUAGCACAGAGGAAACGGCUGUCUCGAUGUCUAACUAGCGGGACCUUGUGAUGACGCUCAAACGAGUAUAAUAAACGAAAGCAAUGUUUGUGCUUAAAUUAUUCUUGUAACUAAAAUUACAAUCCAUAUCAGCAAAUUUCAGCGCCCUAUUGAAACUUGCAUACCAACACCAUGAUAACAAAA